GAGGGAACCUUUGAACACUUCUUUUUAAAAUUUUUUAACUUAAUUUAAGAGCAAUGAGCAACUUUGAGAUUGGCCGAUCCCUUUGACCACAAAUUCUCUUCGGCUUUGAUCUCUUCGUUUACGUAGUUGGUAUUAAUUUUGAGCUUUUCGUUGAGAUUAUUGCGAAACCAGUUGGUGAAUUUGGUGGAUUAAUUGGACUUGGUCCGAUUUUGAGGCGAUCUCACUUCGUUUUAGGUGAUUUGGAGGAGAAAAAAAUGAGAUUUUGAGGGCUAAUUUGGUGGUUUUUGAGGUGGUGAAGGGUUUUUUGAUGAUUUUGGGGACUAUCCAGAUCGAGAUUUGGGUGGAUUUUUCUCAUUUGAAACUCUGGGAUCUUCGGAAAGAUGCCAGUAGCACAAGAGCAAUUUGAGAUCAUGUUUCGGCUACAAGAUGGAUCGGAUAUUGGCCCCUUUACGUACCCGACCGCCGCCACCGUCGCGACACUCAAGGAAAGUAUUAUAGCUCACUGGCCUAAAGAGAAGGGACUCGGUCCGAGGUCCGUAAACGAUGUUAAGUUAAUUAUUUCUGGAAAGAUAUUAGAGAACAGUAAAACUCUGGUGGAGUACAAAAGCUCAACAUUUGAUUUUUCUGGGGUGACAACUAUGCUUGUUGUCAUUCGCCCUCCUCCGCCUCCAGAAAAAAACUCAGAUAAAAUAACACGAAAGAAGCACAAAGAUUGCAGUUGUGUAUGUGCGAUAUUGUAGCGGUUUUCACGUGCGAAAGCAGUAAUAUGUGCAGCUGGGAUUAGUCAUUCUUUUCGCCUUUUCUCUAAAAGUGCUUGACCUUGUAAAAGAUAAAAGGGAUUUUACUCUUUUUUUGUUUGUUUUUUCUUUUAUUUUUGAUCUUUCAUUGGAUUGACAAAAUUUCAUUUUGAGUCUCCUAUGUUUUGUGUUUCGGGGAGAAUCAAAAUUUGCAAAAAAAAAAAAAAAAAUUGUGAAUAUGUAGACCUGGCGUUUGUAUAAAGAUUGCUAUUGUUUUGUACAUUCAGUGUAAAUCAAAUCAAAACAGUUGACACUUCUCUUUA